UAAUAACAAUUCUCAAGAUUUCUUUCACUGACAAGUGCUUUGUACCGUUUCUAUACGGCUUCGAUUCAAUGAACCUGAGAACAGCUGUUUCUUCUUAAUAAAAUAAACUGUCUUCCCCUGUUAUCAAUGUAAUUCUACACUUAUCGGAACAAAUAAUGGUGUUGAGUUCAAUUUGUGGGGUGAAGAACGUAUAACAUCGGGAUUCUUCAACCCCUGCAGAAUGUUGUCCGCCUUCAAACGCCUGGCCGGGAAGCACGAUGCCCUCCCGAGCCCUUCUCCCCGGCCGGCGCAUCAGACAAUGCCGUCGACGCUCCAGCGAAAAUUCGCAAAAGGUGUCCAAUAUAACAUGAAGAUAAUAAUAAAAGGGGACAGGAAUGUCGGAAAGACCUGUCUGUUUCACCGUCUCCAGGGUCAGAAGUUCAUCGAGGAAUACCUCCGCACAGAAGAGAUUCAAGUAGCCUCAAUCCAAUGGAACUACAAAGCCACCGACGACGUGGUGAAAGUCGAAGUCUGGGACGUCGUGGACAGAGGACGAAGACGAAAGAAGCUCGACGGUUUGAAAAUGGACAAUUCCUCAGGAGAGGGGGUGCUGGAAGAGCCCGCUCUGGAUGCCGAGUUCCUGGACGUCUACAAAGGGACCAACGGAGUCAUAAUAAUGAUGGAUAUAACGAAGCCGUGGACCUUCGAAUACGUCCAGAAGGAGCUUCCCAAAAUCCCAGAGCACAUCCCAGUGAUUGUCCUAGCUAAUCACUGUGACAUGUCCCACCACAGAGCCAUCACGUCGGACAAGGUCACGUAUUUCAUCGAUUCAUUGAAAAAGAGGAUGACCCAAGUGAGGUACGCCGAGUCAUCGAUGCGAAAUGGUUUUGGUCUGAAACUCCUCCACAAGUUUUUCAACCUGCCCUUCCUCCAGCUGCAGCGUGAGACCCUGUUGAAGCAGCUGGAAACCAACGCAGAGGAGACACAGCUGACGUGCCAGGAGCUCGAUCUCUUCCAGGAGAGUGACGACGCCGAUUACGAUAAAUUCCUGGACAAUCUGGUGCAUCGGAGACGGGUCAUCGCCGACUCGACCUCAGCCACUGUUCUAGUCCCUAAUGUAACGUCUUCUCUGAGUACUCACCAUCAUACACAAGGGGUCGGUGGGAAUUCCUCAACGCCUGAGGUCCGGAGAUCCUCGAUAUCGAGGCCCAUGGGGGGAGGUACUCCCAUCCCUAUCAAGCAGCUGGAGAAAAUCCCCAGAAAGUCGAGUAGUCUCAGUAAAUUCAGCUCUGGGGAAGUGAAUUCUAGCCCUAGGGAUUCGGUGGUCGAAGCUGAGGAUGUGAUUCAACAAAUUGGGAAGAAUUCCCUGGGCAAGAGAGAAGAGGGCACUCUGAUGAGCGUUGAGGACUUCGUGCCUGACGAUGGGAACCUGGACAGAUCCUUCCUGGAGGACAGCCAGUCGUCGCCAUUGAAGAAUCAGAACGAAAAUCCGGACACUGACAGUGACACGGAGACUGGAAAUCCCCUGGUCGCUGGGUACGAGGAUGAUCUGUCCUCUGGGGAUGAGACUGCGGUUCCUGUGGAGCCCAGGCUCGUGGAGAAUCCGUUGUGCAGGCGAAGUAAGAGGGUUGAGGAGAAGAGUGACGUCGAAGGGACGAAGAGGGACUCGAUGUCGUCAAGCGAAGAACUCGCGAAUUCCAAUGGAGCACUGUCGGGGUCUAAUAGCCAGCAGGAUGGCUCUGAUACCUUUGACAGCUGGCUCGCCAGAGACUCAAAGUGGAGACAAAGCCCUGAAGGUGGGGAGGACGUCGCUAGCACUGGGACGAGAAAGGAUAAACUGGAGUUGAGUGACAAGAGUCUUGAUGUCAGUGUCACUAGUUCUAAUGUACACUUGGAGCUUCUGGAUAGCUUAAGCAUACGGAGGGGCGACUCCAAUUCCAGUAGUCCAGUUUUGAAGGAGAAGAAGAAACACAGAGAAGGGGGUGAAGAAAAGGAAAAACGACGGAAGAAGAAAAAUAAGGAUAAGGACAAAGACAAAUCCGAGAAAAGCGAGAGGAGAAAGAAGAAAUCACACCAUCGUUCGAGAAAUGAGGACAAAGGUCGAGACGAACUCGAAGAAUUUCUGAAUGGAUCGACGACACGUACACCAGUUGACAUGGCUUACGAGGCACUUUAACCAACUUGUCCUCUCAAAGACUUCAUCAAUCGCUUAUCAAUGUAUCCAGAAUUGUUAUACGAAAUUAUAAAUUGUGACGAAAACAGUUAUCAAGAGGGAACGACAAAUGCCAGAACUGCUGUCUCCAACCACUAUUUUUAUCAGUCUGUCCUAACUCUGCCCUAAAUUCUCAUUAUGUUUUUCUCCAAUUAUUUUCCAUUAUUUUUGAGUAUUGAAACCCUUAUUUUCAUUUUAUUAUUGUUAUUUAUCUUUAAUGAUAUCUAUAAUAGAAAAAAUCUGUUAUCCAUUCCUA